AUGUCGUCAAUACCCGACAAUUUAGGACCAACCAAAAGAAGCACGACAUCAACCUCCACAUCCACUAGUCCAAAUUCAACUGAAAAUGAAUUAAGUACGCUGCACUCAAAUCAUUUGAACGAUGCUGGUAAUAAGUCAAACGAUCAUUACAAGUCAAAAUUAUCACCAUUACGUUACAAAUUAAGGGCAUUAUGUUUGCCAAUUAUAAGAAAGGAAACUGAAAUAUUGGCCAAUAUGCAAAAGAAAGUUAGACAUCCCAUUUUAGACUUCUACUUUGCAUGGACAGCCAAUUUAGCAUCACAUACAUUUUACGUACUCAUGUUACCAUUGCCAAUUUGGUUUGGUGCUAGCACAUUGUCAAGAGACUUAUUAGCAGUUUUGGGACUCGGUAUUUUCAUUACUGGUAAUUUGAAGGACUUCCUAUGUUUGCCUAGACCGAGGUCCCCACCACUUCAUAGAAUUACCAUGUCAUCAUAUACGACCCAGGAAUACGGGUUUCCAUCGAGUCAUAGUGCCAAUGCAACAGCAGUUACAUUGGUGUUACUUGCAAAGCUUUUUGAGUUUCAAGACACACUCGAACCCUUGACAAAAGUUAGUAUUUUUUGCUUUUUGAUUAUCUAUUACUUUUCGCUUAUAUUCGGUAGACUUUAUUGUGGUAUGCAUGGAUUCUUCGAUGUAUUUACUGGAUCAGUUAUCGGAUUCCUUUUGUUUUUGUUUAGAUUUUUCUUUGGCAAGCAAUGGGACCAAUGGUUAUUAGCUACUCAUAAUGAAUCUGCUAUGGGGUUGAUAUUUACUCCAUUAUCCAUUAUAGCAGGAUACGUACUUUUGAUACACUUUCAUGUUGAGCCUGUGGAUGACUGUCCAUGUUUUGACGAUUCUGUUGCCUUCAUCGGUGUGUUGAUAGGUAUUGACAUAUCGCAUUGGCUAUUGAAUAUUACUAAUUAUUUGACAUAUAAGAACCCAUUUGAAGAACCAAUCAUUGUCAGAUAUGAUUUCGAUGAAUUUGGUUUAGUCAAAUCGAUCAUCAGAGUCGUUAUGGGUGUGACAUUUGUCGUCAUUUGGAAGACAAUCUCAAAACCUGUCAUCUUUACAGUUUUACCACCAAUCUAUAAGUUCAUUGGGGUUUAUUUACCUAGAAAGAAUUAUCAACCCACAGCCUUUUCGAAAAAAACUACUAGACAGAUUAGAUCUCAGUCUUUAUCGAAUAUGGAGGGGUCACAAUCGAUUGGUGACAUUAAUACUUUCAUUAAAGGUGUCACUGACCACAAUCAAAUAGACGAAGUUGGUCCUGAAAAUGACAUUGAUUAUUAUGAAAUGUUAGACUAUGAAAAGAAAUUGGGACACGAAAACUCGUCAAAGACCGUCCAGCCGAUAAGCGGUGUUUUCAAAUCAAGAUAUGACGUAGAGAUUGUUGGUAGAUUAAUUAUUUACGCAGGUGUUUCUACGACAGCAGUUUGGGGCUUUGCGUUUGGAACAGAAUUAUUUGGAUUAAACUAA